GCUGACGGAAGCACGCCGGGUGACCUCACCCGCCAACAUGGCGGCGGCGGUAGAUUAGGACCGCGGGUCGGAGCUGCCGCUGCCACUGCCACCGCCACCGCCACCGUGGGAUCCUGUGCGGAGCAGCCGCUGCCGCGUUUUCACCUCUGCGGGGGCACGGGCCUGGGCCAGGUUUUGCACAUCUGUAAGUAGACCUUUCCGGAGCUCAGCCAGCCGACUCCAUGGCGUCCUCUACUACUGUGCCUCUAGGAUUUCACUAUGAAACAAAGUAUGUUGUCCUCAGCUACUUGGGACUACUCUCUCUGGAGAAGCUGCAGGAGCAACAUCUUUCCUCACCCCAAGGGGUUCAACAGGAUAUAGCUUCACAAUCUCUGGAUCAAGAAGUUUUAUUAAAAGUUAAAACUGAAAUUGAAGAAGAGCUAAAAUCCCUGGACAAAGAAAUUUCUGAAGCCUUCGCCAGCACAGGCUUUGACCGCCACACUUCGCCCGUGUUCAGCCCCGCAAACCCCGACAGCUCCGUAGAGGACUGCUUGGCUCACCUCGGGGAGAAGGCGUCGCAGGAGCUGAGGGCGCCUCUGCUCGGGGCCUUGCAGACGCUCCUCAGCCGGCCAUUGACAUAUCAGGCAUAUCGGGAAUGUACACUGGAGACCACAGUUCAUGCCAGCGGCUGGAAUAAGGUUUUGGUGCCUCUGAUUUUGCUACGGCAAAUGCUUUUGGAGUUGACAAGACGUGGUCAAGAACCUUUGAGUGCAUUGCUGGAGUUUGGUGUGACUUUCCUGGAGGACCAUGCCGCCGAGUACAUCAUUCAGCAAGGUGGCUGGGGCGCUGUCUUUACCCUGGAGCCGGAGGACGAGGAGCGCCCCGCCGGCGCCGCGGAGGACAGCAACGACAUCUACAUCCUGCCCAGUGGCGCCUCCACGCUCGCCAGCCCCCCAGAGUCUCCGACAACCGCGACGGCGUCCUGGCAGGCCGAGGGCUUCCCCGUGUCGCUGUCCAGCAGCCAGAGCUGGCGCACCGAGAGCCCACCGGUGUCCCUGGGUCCCGAGUCGUGGCAGCAGGUCACGGUGGACCCCGAAGAAGUCAAGAGCUUGGACAGCAACGGGGCUGGAGAGAAGAGUGAGAACAACUCCUCCAACUCCGACAUCGUGCACGUGGAGAAGGAGGAGAUUCCCGAGGGCGCGGAGGCGGCGGCCCCUGCCCUGAUGGCGGCCGGGGAGCCUGGCCCCGAGGGGUCAGCCGGCCAGACAGCCAGUCCCACGACAUCUCUGUUCGUGGAACUUGCUGAAGAAGAGGCGGGAGCGGCCGCGUCCGAAGCUGCUGAACUGGAGCAGGAGGGGGUCCCGCCGCUGGAGCCCCCGGUGGAGCCCCCAGCAGCCCCGCCGGGCGGAGAGCAGGCAGCCCGCGGGCGGGGGGGGCUGGGGGCAGGGCCCUCCCCGGGCGGCCCCGAGAAAGCUGGCCCCCCGCCCGAGGGCAAGUCCCUCCUGCUCUUCGGAGGGGCAGCCGCCGUUGCCAUCCUGGCGGUGGCAGUUGGGCUGGCACUGGCUCUGAGAAGGAAGUAGAUUUUUCGGAGAGAGAAGACAAAAAGGUGUAAGGUUUUAGUUGUGUCGACCGGACUGGAGCUGCCAGGAGCUGGCUGGACAUCCCUUGGACACUCCGGGGUCAGGAGGACUUGGGUCCGCAGGGCAGGGGGCCGACCCACGUGUUAGGGCUUGAGCUGGAGGCUGCGCACGCCGGUCUGAUCGGAGGUCCCGGGCCCGGGCGCCUGCCAGGUUCAGGGUCUUGUGUGUAAAGUGCCCCCCCCGACGGUGUCCACGGCCCCUGGGUAGCUCUCGGGUGUAGGGUGCGCAGCCUCCGCCCACCAGCCCCGUAGCGCCUUCCCCAGUGGUGACAGCCCCACCCCACGUGUCUCCCCGUGUUGCCAAACGUCCCCCAGGGAUAACGUUGUCCCGUGAGAGCCACAGUCUCAGAGCGAGAGGGUCCCCGUGGGGGGACCUGGGGGGGAGACCCCCAGGCAGGAGGGCUUGGCUGUGGGCCCCUCGGCUGCUGGCGCGCUCCUGCCUGGAGGCUCUCGGCUCCUCUGGUCUUCCCGCCCUCAGUCCCGCAGCCCAGGUGCUCCGCCGGGUCUCAGCCGCCUCUCAGGUACUGCCCUGCCCGCCUCGCCCCAGGGUGCCCCGAGGCCCCGUGGAGAGGGCUCGCCCGAUGCUUCCCGCAGUUCCCCUUGUAAAGAUGCUGCCUUUAGUCUUUAAACGCACGAGACGGAAGAGACCCGGGGCCCCUGCCCGUGACCGCGGGGCAAGUUUGUCUCUGCGUUGGGAAGCUGGAGGGUGGCUUCGCUGGCCUAUCGAGGCUGCUUCCAGCCCUUCUGUCUGUGCGCGGCCUUGAGCCAACGGGGCCUCGCCGGCCGGCAGCGCCCCUCUUGCUGGGCAUCGCUGUCCGUGACCUGGACUAGCGUGAUUCCCAGGUUCUGGCCUCAGCCUCCUUCCCAGUCAGGCCGCUCCUCGGCGGUCUCUUGCCGCGUGAUGAGGGUUUCCACACGUGGGCUUACAGGCCAGGGAAUCAUAACUCUCCAUCAGUACACAGUCUCCUAAAUAUCACUGAAGUAAAAAGCAGGAAAGAGAGGCUGCCCUUGGGGUUCUAGCCUGGCUCUCAGAGUUCCGUAACGGAGGCUUACACUGAGCUCGUCACGGCCCAAAUGCCGGAGUGACGAACCGUAGUGACCACGGUCAUCACGUGCCCGCGGAGACUCAGCGUAGCCUCAUCCGCUGACCGCGUCCCUCACGGGGGGACCGCGUCUCUUCAUGCCUGAGGUCAGUGCCACUGACGGGACACACGUGCUUGAGACAGGUCAUCUCAGAUUUAUCCUAGUAAAUGUAACAGAUUACUUUUUAAAUCCUGAAAUUUGUAAUAAAAUUACUUUACCUAUCCUGAUCACCAAAA